GCGGGAGGGGCGGUGGCGGCGGGCAGUGCGUGUCCUGCCGCGUCCGCAGCACCCGGUGUCCAGCAGCGUGUGGCUCCGCCGUGGUGCAGGGAAGGCAGGCUGCGCCAUGUUGCGGCUCAGCUCGCAGGAGGAGAACCUGCAGGGUUCCUGGGUGGAGCUCCACUUCAGCAGUAAUGGGAACGGCAGUGGGAGCGCUGCCACGCCGACCGGCCAGGAGCAGGUACCAGCCUCUAUUUCCAUCCACAACGGUGACAUGGAGAAAAUACUCCUCGAUGCUCAGCACGAGUCUGGAAGAAGCAGUUCAAGAGAGAGUUCACAUUGCGACAGCCCUCCUCGGUCCCAGACGCCUCAGGACAGUCACAGAGCUUUGGAAUUAGAGAGUCACAGCAGCGGAGAAAAGAAUAGCUUUCAGUCUGAAGAAGAUUUCCUUGAGAGGAGGCGGGAGGUGGAGCGGCUGCUGCGGAAGAACGCGGACUGGAUCUGGGACUGGUCCAGCAGGCCCGAGAACAUCCCGCCCAAGGAAUUCCUUUUCAAGCACCCCAGGCGCACGGCCACGCUCAGCAUGAGGAAUACCAGUGUAAUGAAGAAAGGGGGAAUAUUCUCAGCCGAAUUCUUGAAGGUUUUUCUUCCAUCUCUGCUGCUUUCUCAUUUGCUUGCCAUUGGACUAGGGGUCUACAUCGGGAGGCGCCUGACGACCACAGCUUCCAGCAGCAGCUUCUAGAGGCACCUGGGGUCCCCGCGCAAGGCAAGGGAAAGAUCCAUCUGGGAGUGGAGGAGGAAAAGUGGGAACGUCUGCGAUGGCUCCGUGAUGAGUGUGUGCUGGUUGUGAGGAGGUGGUGUUCAUGGGGUGGUGGGGAGGGGAGGAGACGGAAGCUGCUGUAUCAUACAUGGCCCUGGGUCAGUUCUAGAGCACGUGUCCGGUGCAUCAACAGCCGCUGUAGCGCUUUGUAGUGAAGUACCUUGGAAAUUAGAAGAAGUCGCUGUUCAAAGCCAAUCCCAGCUCUCCCGCAGCCCUUGUGACCGGGGUGGGGGCUCAGCCCAGCUCAUCCCUGUGAGCGUUCGUCACUGCUGCUGCUGCAACCGCCGCGGGGAGGGAUCAGCCCCAAGUGUGGCCUCACGGAUCACAGUCAGGAACUCGAGCAGCUCCCGCCUCGCUGGGGACAGGCUCCUCCUCCCUCGGGGGCACCGUCAGCGGGAGGGGAGGGGUGUUCCCAGUGACACUUCAUGCUUUGCACUGGUUCCGAGUGUGAUGCACAACAGCCCGACUUAAAAUUUGGAAUUUAGUGCCUAAUAAAUAGCUUCUUUUGCAAAGGCAUUUACUUAGCUCCCGAAUCAGUAGCAGCUCCUUUUGGAGUAUCUCCUCGCAGCCUAUCGCUUCUCAGGCUUUUAUCUGUAAAACAAUACAUUUGCAUCUUACAUUUGCCUCAGUCUUGUAUAGAUUUAAAAAAUGAUUGCUUGCUUAUUUGUUUUUACUAAUGGAAUGCCUUUUCAUUCAGUGAUUUUAUCUUAUUUAAUGAGGGGAAAAAAAUGUUUGCCAAAAUAUCAUGUUUUAUAUAUUUAAAUAAAAAGGUUCCUUGUGGAGUUA